CGUACCCCCGGCUUUAUAUCUCAGUUACAUGGUUACGUUUAUCAGAACUUGUAAUACUCGAUGACUGUACUAAUUAGCAGAAACGCUUGCUCAAGAACGUUACUGUGAUUAAAAAGUCUGAUUUAAUUAAAGUUUUGUUGCUUGCGAGGAAGAUAUUUAUACAACAAUAAAUAUGUCAACCGAUGUAAACAUGCAAGGGGAAAAGCCCGAUGGAGAAACGAGUGUCGAUAAAACCGAGGAAGAAGAGGGCAGAUCGUCUAACGACCUGCAUGUGCAAGAAAGCGGUCCUGUUUAUGGAGGUUGCGAAGGACCGAAUGCAAUGUACGUGAAGCUCGUCAGCAGCGACGGACACGAAUUUAUCGUUAAAAGAGAACACGCGUUAACAAGCGGCACUAUUAAGGCGAUGUUAAGCGGUCCGGGUCAGUUUGCGGAAAACGAAGCCAAUGAAGUUAAUUUUCGAGAAAUUCCAUCUCACGUGUUGCAAAAGGUCUGCAUGUAUUUCACUUACAAAGUUCGCUACACAAACAGCAGUACAGAGAUACCAGAGUUUCCUAUUGCACCUGAAAUCGCUCUAGAACUGUUAAUGGCUGGAAAUUUCUUAGACUGCUAAAUAUCAUCUAUAAAGAUUUAUUGAAGGAAAUGGACAAUUAAAUUACAAAAUCAAUGCAGUUUUCUUUAUUAAAAUCUAAGAUGCGUCGAUGUAUUGUGAUACUUGGCAAUAUCAUCAAAUUUGUAGCGUAAUUUGAACUUGUAUAAAACAUUUUAGCGCGAGACAAUGCUGAAUCUUGGUUCUAAAGCAUAAAUCCUGAUUAUUCCAUAUGCUCGAUAAUUUAUGUUCGAUAAUUUAUAUUUAAUAUAAUGUUAUGUAGCACACAUGUGUAUAACAGUUAAUAAUAGAUUACUAUGGCAUGGAGUUUA